AUGGCCGCAGCGAAUGCUCACGUCCAGGCCAGCAGUAGUGAGUCGUCAAAUAGGAUCAUGGUUCUUCAAUAUCCAUCCAAUGGUAGUGGUUGGAAUGGUUUCGUCGAUGCUGGUGGACUUCCUACACGGGAAGAAUGGCAGAGCGCUUGUAAUGACAUGGAUACCAAGGCUAGUCCUAAGCGCAAGCAAAAAAAAGGGCACCGAAAGCGUGACUGGAAGCCGAAGCCUUCUGGACUUCGAGAGGUCACAACAUUUGAGCCCCAUGACAGUGCGCCAAAUCUACACGAAUAUGGUCGCGUUGAUAUCGUCAUUCAACGCUUCUAUCUCCUUGCGCGAGAGAAGUCCUGA